AAAGAAAAGUAGGUUGGAAUCAUCUUUUCCUUCCUUUCAGAAAGAUCAAAAUGAGAGUCAUUAUACUGUUUUUUGUGUAUCUACCGGUGACAGACACAUUGUAAAUCUGAAAAACACAGAAAGCAAAAGAAGAAGAAACACUAACAUCCCUUUGCUUUUUCUUUCUCUAUCUAACUCUGCUUUUCUUUGCUCUCACUCAUUCCGCUUACACAAAUUCUGCUGCAUCAUUACAUACAUACACGUCUCAUGGGACUGAAAUCUCUCACCUUGUGAUGUUCACUUCCCACUGAUUUACAUUGACUUUUAAUCUUUUAUACACCUCUUCCCUUGCUGAAGCUUCCUGUGCUGUUUCACAUGACACAGAUACUAGAACCUUCUUUCUUUCUUUCAUUUGCCCUGAACUACACAUGAAUUUUUUCCCUGUUUCUGUGCCAAUGUCCCAUGUUUCAUCCUGUUAUUAAAUAGAAUCUGUUGCUUGAAUAGAAAGAUUUUGAGUCUUAGCCACAGAAAACUUGAGUUGAAGAACAAGAUGAAUGAGAGGAAAUUGGAUAUUAAUGCUCCUCUUAUGUCUGUGAGACGCUUUUCUGCUGCAUCACCAUCACCGUCCUUAACUGAGGCAAAGAGAAAGGUACUAGAGAAAAGGUGCACUCUUGCAUACUAUUUGGAUCAGGUAACAGAACCUGUUGCAGUGCCUUUCAAUUGGGAGCAUAUCCCUGGAAGACCAAAGGGUAAUCAUGGAUCUCAACCUCAACCUUCUAAGGAUUCUCCAAGUCUUGCCCCUGGAAAAUCCACAAAUGUUGCAGAAAGAAAAGAAGAAGAAGAUGAUGAUGAUGAUGAUGUUUAUUCUGAUGCACUUGAGACACUGUCAUGUACAGAAUCAGCCUCUAUGAAGUGUAGUGCAAGUGGUGUUAGUUUUGAUGCAGACAAGCACGGAAGCAAUGCUGAUGAUGAUAAACAAGCACAGGAAUUCAUGAUGAACCGGUUUUUACCUGCGGCGAAGGCCAUGACUGUCCACCCUCCUCAAUAUGCUUCAUCAAGAAAGCAACAAUCUGUGGUGGCAGAGCAACCCAGAGAUGUUCUCAGAUUGGUUCGCGAGGAAAGAAAGUCCAUUGUUAACAAACACAUCACUGAUUUUGUGCUAUAUACUGCCCAAUGUCAAGAUGAUGAUGAUGAUGAUGAUGAUGAUUAUGGUUAUGAUGACUCUACAACUACAAGUGUUUCUGCUAAAGGCUGUGGACUUUCCUUUUGCUUGUUAAAUACAGUGCCUGGGAUGAAAAUGAGGGAUGAGUUUAACAUGUCUUGUGCAUAUGAGUAUGGAAAAGGAAAACCAAUCAAGAAGGCUUGGGAUGCUAUUCACAAGAGCAAAUCAAGGUGUGCAGCUUCAUCACCACACAAGCAUGAGUUAAGCAGAAAAUGGAGAAGUCAAUCAGAGAGGUUUACUUACUCACCUGAAAUGAAGCAACUAGGUGGUAGUGGUAGGCUCUUUCGCCGUUCCACAACUAGUUUCCAAAGCAAACCUCAACCUCUCUUUCCCAGACAUGCAACUGCUACAACAUUACCAACAUCAGUUUCAUGUUCUGUAGAUACAAGGCAGAGAAAAGAAGACACUAUCACUAUGUUUGAUACACAAACUAUUUUACCUCCUUCAAAGGAGAAUCAAGAACAAGAUGACAAGGCUCAAAGACUGACAACUGACCAGGCAACUAAUCAAGACUCCAUGUCCUUGCAACUUGUGCAGACUUCAUUUGACAAAGAAACAAAGAUCAAUAACAACAACAGCAACAAGCAAAUUGUAGCAGUUGAUCAUCAUCAUCAUCAAUUUGUUCCGGCACCAUUAUUGCCAAAAUCACCUUCUGACUCUUGGCUUAGCCGUGCCCUGCCAUUAGUUUAUAUGAAGAAUUCCGGAUUCCCACAUUCAAAUCGUGAGAAUAUGGUCCUUGCUAAAAGAGAAAGUUUGAAUGCAUCAUCAAGGUGGGAAACAAUGGUGAAAACUUGGAAUUUGCAUGGUGGUCAUGCAUACUGUUCUCAGGAGCUAACUCUAUACAAAUCUCAGCAAUCAAAAUCUUAAUCAUAAUCAUAUCAUGUUAUGUUAUGACACCUUUUAAUUAUUUGACAUUGAUGUUCAGUCAGUAUUUGUAUAAAUAGGAAUCAUGUAUCCCUUUCGGACAUUUGCUUCUUUGAAAUGGAUUCAACAUAUCAUAAGCUGAAGUUCCUGCACUUCUAUUAUGUGCUUCUUUUAAUUUCUGGGUGUAUUUAAAUUGACAGUAUUGAUUGCUGUUCCUUGUACUUAUAAUAAUUGGCUGUUAAACUAUCUCA